AUGAGCUUCGCAGGUCGCCGCCCUAUGCUCAUUAAGGAAUUACCACCAACGGCCCGUUCGUCUGCGAACGUUCGAGGCCAGCGGUCGCGCGAUAAUACACCACUCUCAUGGAAUGAGUUCUUCGAUGACUGUUGCAGUGUUGACGUUGACGGUGACACCUUCAACGUCUAUCGUAAGGUAUGCCAUGGCUCACUUAUUAACGCGUAUGCUCCUGAAGGAACAUCUGGUCCAGUAUUUUACCUCUUGCAUGGUGGCGGAUACUCAGGAUUAACUUGGGCUUGUCUUACUGCAGAACUUAGCUCUCGCAUUCAAUGUCAAAUAUUAGCGCCUGAUCUUCGUGGGCACGGUCAAACGCGUGUUAAGGACAAGUCAGAUUUGUCAGCUCAGCAACAAACGAGGCAUAAUGGAAAGAAAUUGUAUUGGGUCCCACGCGCGCUGUCCGUAUUGUCUUCCUUACCUCCUCUGCAUAUGUAUGGUGAUAGCAAUCCACAUGUGCUAAUUAAUUUAAACAAAUACUAUUUUUAUUGCAGCAUGGGCGGUGCUCUGGCUAUUCAUGUAGCAGCUACCACUGAAAUCCCAAAUAUGGUGGGAUUAGUUGUUAUUGAUGUUGUUGAAGGGUCGGCUAUGGAUGCACUUAGCGGCAUGUACACAUGGCGAAUCGACUUGACGACAACGGAGCCAUUUUGGGUGGGCUGGUUUCAAGGAUUGUCGUCGAAAUUUCUGUCGUGUUUACCUCCAAAACUGCUUGUGCUGGCUGGAAUUGAUAGGCUCGACAAAGAACUUACAAUUGCUCAAAUGCAAGGAAAGUUUCAAAAUACUAUCCUACCGAAAGUUGGUCAUGCAGUUCAAGAGGACAGUCCUGAUCGGUUGGCUGACGAGUUGGCUCGAUUCGCGAUUCGCAAUAGGUUUGCCGAAGCUCUCCCAGGUGUGAACAUAGCAGCUGCUCGCCCAAUGAUGGGAAUGGGAAUGAUGAUCUAG